GCUCAGAAGCUCUCGUUUGCGAUCAGUUUGCUCCUCUCCCGGUGGCCCGACAUGGAACGCCUCACUCGCCCCGAGUUGGUGCUCCACCUCCGAGCCUUGGGCGAGGAGAGUCCCGAGAACUGGACUCGCCUGGAAAUCAAGCAGCGCAUCCAGGAGAUCAACGAGGAGACACCUUCCAUGGCGACGGCGGCCCCCAACAAGACACCGUUGGAGACCCAGAUGGCACAGCUCAGCAAGAACAGCCGCAAGAAGAGCACGCUGCGCGAGCACUUGGAGAAGGAGCUGAACAUCGAGGUGUCCGACAUGGACACCGUGGCGGCCAUGCAGCGCAAGGCCACCAACAAGAUCCUCCAGGAAUGCCCGGUACAUGGAGCAGAUGCGAUGGGGUUUGGGAAGUACUCCCAGCUCAGCCUCCAGGAGACCUACCUGAAGGACCCCGACUACUGCCGCUGGGCGCGCGCUACCAAGGCGGAGGGCCCGUGCAACAUCCGUCUGGAACGAUUCGUGCGCUGGCUGGAGAAGGCCGAGGAAGAGGGGGGCCCCAAGGACAUGAUGAACGAGGUGAUUCCCAAGCCUUCGCGUCCCAAGGCCCGCAGCUACAAGGCGCAACCCUCAAGCAUGGCAUCCAGCAGCAGUGCACCACCGGUUCCUGUGCCAGAUCCUCGCGACGAGUUGCUGCUCAAGAUGACAGCAGCCCUUCAAGAUCUACGAGAGGAAGUGGAUCAGCUGCGAACCGAGAGGCCUCGCAAGGUGACGUCGAAUGCCGAGAAGUAG